CUGGCAAACCGAGCUAGGAAGUAUCAUCCCGAACUGGGCAGCUCUUUGGAUCUUCUGCGGGCCAUGAAGAGAUCUUCUGGCUAACUGGAUCUUUCACCGGCUUUGUCAGCCUAACUCCAAAGAUUGAAAAACACUGUGAAGACCCCAAUUCCUUUGGAAGAAGAAACCGGGAAAUAGUGUACCAAGGCAGGAUUUAAACUUACUCUGCGGAAAGGCAGGUUGGGCAGUGGGAGGCACAGGGUCUGACUCUGUAUCAUGCUGGUAAUGAGUUACAAGAAGAGCGAUUGCUUGGCUACCUGAGAUGCAGUUACCUGCCUUGGUGCUGUUCCUAACUCACCUGCUUUCUGCCUGCUUCCCCCUUGCAACGUCACUGAACUCUGUCAGUUGCUCACCGGGCCUGGGCUGUCGGCUAAAAAAGACAGAUGUUCUAUGCAUGCCUGGUGAAGCCGAAUCAGAUCCAGAACUAGAUCCCAUCCUGGGGCUGAUUCAGAUGAACUCAAGGAACACCCUUCGGUGCCCAGAGGAAGGAGACUGCAUUCCCUGCGUGCAAGUGACGUUAACUCUUGGAUUGCUGGAGCCACCUGCGUUGGGUGCAAAUCAAGAUGGCGGAGCCAACAAGAUCAGAGAGCAGCCCAAAAAAAUCCCACGGACGCACAUUUUGCUCAUGGCCAAGACACAUUCUUCUCGCUGUGUUGAAGUGGAGGUUUGGCUUCCCUACGAUUGGGAAAGUCAGAAUACUUCCUUGUGCCAAGUUUAUCCAUUUCUGUGGGACUACAGUCAGCGAUUCUACAUGUGGAAAACAUCCCUAAGGGACAACAAUUCAAAUUGUGGCUCUAUCUGAAUCGGACGGUCGGAUUUAUAGGUUUUGAUCAGGCGACUCCCAGGUUGCUGGCUGGAUCGGAGAAUGUGACUUUACCAAUCUCGCAGGUGUAUCCUUGUCUCUGCUUUCAGAUCUGGCCCAAUAUUGAAGACCAAGCUGACACACCUCGAACUCAUCUCUGUCCCUUUGCAAAUGACCCAGCAGCUUUGGCCACGGCCUGGACACGCAGCCGUUUGGAAGUUAAUGCUACUGGUGGGAGUUUGAGCUGCUUGGUUUCUGCUCAGUGUGACCUUCAAGGAGAGCUGGUUCCCUGCUGGCAGAUGGAAGAUCUUGCCUGCCAACCUCUGCAUCCCCAUCUACAUCUGGUCCUCAUUCCAGAUGAAACACAGGAGUUCCCAAGACUGCGACCUCAUCCCAACCUCUGUGUGCAGGUAAGAAGGAAUGGAAGUACCUACCUCCAAAGCUGCCUGCAGGAUGAUGUCACAAGAAGUCAGAAAUACUCACUGUUUCAGGAGAUUCAGGAUUCCCAGGGGAAUUCCUUAGUUCAAAUUAUGGAGCAAGGCACCUGGGCCUCCUCUGCCAAGGUCUUCAAUACAAGAAGAAGAACAUUGGAGGAAGACUUGAGGAGCAGAAUACAGUUAGGGAAGUGCACACAGAUAUGGCAAGAAGAAGGGACCAAUAUUACUCUACUCUGGGCAUGUUCAGUGGAUCAUUAUCCCAGGACCUACUGGGUGCUGAUCUGGUUGGUCACUCUCCUAGGUAGCUGCUCUGUUCUGCUCAUGUUCCUGGUCAAGAAAGAAGCAGUAAAAGGCUGGUUCAAGAUCCUGAAAGAAGAUUACAGUUCCAGAGGAAUGCUUGAGGGACAACAGGUCCUCAUUCUCUACUCUCCAGAUCACGAAGGCUAUGAGCGUGUGGUGGGCAUCCUGGCAGAUGCACUGACUCAGUUGAAAGUCUCUGUAUCCCUGGAGUUGUGGAGCCGUGGGGAGCUGGGAUCUCUGGGGCCUAUGCAGUGGUUCCAUGCACAGCGACGCUUGGUCCUUCAAGAAGGCGGAGUUAUUGUGCUGCUGUUUUCCCAUGAUGCCGUGGCCAGUUGUGCAGAAUGGCUGGGCUGGAAACAGAACUUCCCUCGGUCCACCUUCAAACCAGACAGCACUUUCUUGGCUUCCCUCAACUGCGUCCUGCCUGAUUUCUUGGCUGGUGAGGCCAGGGCCAGAUACAUUGUUGGCUGCUUUGAGGAGCUUCUUCCAGUCAAUGAGAUCCCUGACCUCUUCCGUUCAGUGCCUGUCUAUCCUCUGCCCUCUCAGCUCUUUAGCUUCCUGCUGGCCUUGGCUGGCCCCAGGGUAGGACACAAGCAGAAGAACAGCUUCAGGAGACAGGCAGAGUGCAUCCACAAGAGCCUGGAACAGGCAGUGCAUGAAUGCCAGCAAAAGUACCCCACCUAGUGGAACCUGUAAUUGCUGCUUUCUCAUCAAGAGGAUAAGCAGAGUAAAUGCAUUCUAUCACCAUCCUUGAGGAAUAAGACUUUCAGAAGUGAGCUGGUAAAAGUGCACCUGAGUGUAGUUCUUCCAACAAGUCAGAGUGGCCCGUCUGUUCCUGUAAUUUGGAAAGAGGCCUGUGAUGGUGUAACAAGACUCAAUCAUGGAUGGGAACUUGUUUUGCAUAGCGGUUCAAGUGAGAGGUACCUGUUUAAGUGGAGGUAAGGAGCUUGUCAUCGUAUUACUGAAUGGUAACCAGCCAAUAUAUGAAGGGAGACCAUCUGUAGAUCCAGAAUGGAGGAUCUCUCACCUUCAUGCCUUGCUUUGGUGCUCCCUUGAGGCAACUGCUUGGCCAGCAAAAUGUGAUAGUGAUAAAAGCUAGAAAUACUCAAAUCACUGUGGUGCAGAGCACUUCAUGAAAUUAGCUUCUCAGAGCAUCAAGGGGGCCAUGUCUUGUGAAGUCUCCCCAUGGCUUGGUUUUGAUGGAAGUGUCUUCAGGAUAUGCACUUAUAUCUCCGACGGUUAGGAAAACAUCUCACAAUGGUGACACUGAACUUUGGACUGAUACGGCUACCUCAGCAAGUUUGGAAGGAUGUGGUUGCUGGUUUCCAGAAGGUUCCUUCAGAUGGUUUGCACAGCCUUUAUUUAAAAAUGAAAAGGGCUUUGGACACAAUCUCCGCCUUUUAUCAGGAUCUCAUCCUCACAUCCUGCUUGCCAUAAUGUCUGCAUUACUAAAUGUUUUAGAGAGACCUCUGCCACAGACCUCUGCUGAGGUGGCCUAGAAUCAUCUGUGGAAGUGGUGUUUCCCUCAUCCUGACACAAAACUUUCCAUAAGGACAAUUUGGGAUGUAUCAGGGAAGAGUUUAGAGAUGAUGAGUCAUUGAGAGUGAUUUGCUCCAAGUCAGCUCCUUCCCUGCCCAGUACAUGGGUCCCGUACCUCCACUGUACCGGCCACUUUGUCUUUGGUUGGAGGGGACAGACUAGACACUUGGUCUGUGUGAGAAAAGUUUUCUUUUAUUUAUUUUGUGUUUUUUUUAUUGUUUUAAAGUCUUUUCAAUUGUUUGAAUUGUUUUAGCCACCCAGAAUCACUUGGCUGAGUUGUGUGGCUAUAGAAAUGGAAUAAAACAAACCAAAAACAAAGU